AUGUGGACGUUGCGGUGGAAGAAAAAAAAGAAAAAAAAGGACAGGCUGCCGAUUGUGCCGGAGAGCCCCAUCGAAGCCAGAUCCUCCUCGUCUGUCCCAACUGACCCUUACUCCGCCUAUUCCAUCACCAGCGGCACCAACUUCUCCCCCAGCUCCUGCACCUCCUCCGUCGCUUCCCUCAAAUCCCAUAUCAAAUCUUCCCUCCCCGAAAACCCCAUGAUCUACGACAUGUCCGAUAUCCGCAAAGCUAUAUACAGCAAACCCAGCUGGUCCUCCCUCCGCAGCUCCCUUCGAGGCAAAGACGUCGUCAUUUUCCAGCGCAAGUCCGUCAUCCCCCUCUCCUACUCCGUCCUCAACCACCGCCUCGUCAAGAUCUCCAAAUCCUACCACACCAGCCUCAUCAAGCUGCUCGGUGCCUCCCUAUCCAACGAAUACGUCUACCUCGUCUACGAAUACGUCCCCGGAGCCAACCUUGUCAACUGCCUCCGCAACCCUAAAAACCCCGACUUCACCGUUUUGUCCACGUGGCUCUCCCGCAUGCAGGUCGCCGCCGACCUCGCCGACGGCCUCAAUUACAUGCACCACUUAAUCGGCGACAACUCCACCUUCGUCCACAACCACAUCAAAUCCUCCAACAUCAACGUCUCAGAGCAGAAAAACCUCCAGCUCAGAGCCAAGAUCUGCCAUUUCGCCACCGCCGCGCUCUGCGGUGAGACACAGGCUCUGUCCUCGAAGGCGGAGGGCACCAGAGUGUACAUGGCGCCCGAGGCUCAGCUGACGCACAAGUGCGAUGUUUAUGCCUUCGGGGUUGUGCUUCUGGAGUUGAUUUCAGGGGAGGAGCCAUUGAUGGACGGCAAUGGAGGAGGAGGUGGAGGAGGGUGUAGGAGGGUGAGUGUGAUCGAGACGGCGAGGGAGGCUGUGAGUAUCGGCGGGGGGGUGAGGAGGUGGGUGGAUCGGAGGUUGAAGGACUCCUUUCCGAUAGAGGUGGCGGAGGAGAUGGUGAAGGUGGCGUUGGAGUGUGUGGAGGAGGAUCCGGAAAGCCGACCCGACAUGGGUCGGGUUGCGGGUUUGGUUUCGAAGUUGUUUUUGAAGUCGGAGAGUUGGGAUAAGAAGAUGGGCCCGCCUAUUGACAUGACAAUUUCAUUGGCCCCUCGGUGA